CUCCCUCCUCUUCAGAAAGUAGCCAAGCUCCCAGCUGGGGUUGCCACAUUGCAAUGGCCGUGGAAGGAGACUUGCCCUCAAGUUGGGGCAUGGCCGUCAAUGUAUAUUCCACUUCUGUGACGAGCGAGAACCUGAGUCGCCAUGACAUGCUUGCGUGGGUCAACGACUCCCUGCAGCUCAACUACACCAAGAUCGAGCAGCUGUGCUCAGGGGCUGCCUAUUGCCAGUUCAUGGACAUGCUGUUUCCGGGCUGCAUCCACCUAAGGAAGGUGAAGUUCCAGGCCAAGCUGGAGCACGAGUUCAUCCACAACUUCAAGGUGCUGCAGGCUGCCUUCAAGAAAAUGGGUGUGGACAAGAUCAUCUCAGUGGAGAGGUUGGUGAAGGGGAAGUUCCAGGACAACUUUGAGUUCAUUCAGUGGUUUAAGAAAUUCUUUGACGCCAACUACGAUGGGAAGGAGUACAACCCGCUACUGGCGAGGCAAGGCCAGGAGGUGGCGCCUUCUCCAAACCCAGGUGAUCAGAUCUUCAACAAACUCAAGAAACCCAUUGGCACUGCAGUCCCACAGCGAACCUCCCCCACAGGCCCCAAGAACUUGCAGAAUCCGGCCCGGCUGAACGUCGCUCCCAGCAAUAUUGUACGGAAAAACCCUCCCUUGGCCCGGAAUGGGGGCAGCGAAGCAGAUGCCCAGAUCCUAGAGCUUAACCAGCAGUUGGUGGACCUGAAGCUGACGGUGGACGGGCUGGAGAAGGAGCGCGACUUCUACUUCAGCAAGCUGCGGGACAUUGAGCUGAUCUGCCAGGAGCACGAGAGCGAGAACAGCCCCAUCAUCUCAGGCAUCAUCGGCAUCCUGUAUGCCACGGAGGAAGGCUUUGCCCCCCCAGAGGACGAGGAGCUGGACGAGCAGCACCCGGAGGACCAGGAUGAAUACUAGCUGGGCCCCCGCCCUUGUGCACUUGCUCGCUGCCCCACCAUGACCGACCGCCCCACACUCCUCACAGGCCAUGGACAUUUACGGUUUUGCAUUGUACAGCCUCCUCCUGCACAGUCACACAUUAUAACAGGUUUCUACCGACCCGAGAGGCCCGCGGUGCUUUCUGUGCGUUCCGCAGAUCCCGUGGGAAGCCCACGACUACCUGGUAAACAAGCGUCCCUAGAGAGAGGAGACCAGCGCUGUAAAUAGGCCUGCGGUGGGGCAGGAUGCUGGGUCCGGUGCCCCGGGCUCUGGCCCCCCCCCCCGCCCCGCUCCCAUCCCACCCCAUCUUCCUUAUUUAUUGAAUAAUUUUAUUCUUUCUCCAGUUGUCUUGGGUGUGAGCGCUCCCGAUCCCUUGUAUUAUAUUGAGAGACAAAUUCUUUGUAUAUUUUUCCGUACUGGAUUUCACUUGCACUUUGCCUGUUGUGUUUGUGCGGAGCCAAGCUCUGGCACCCCCUCCUGGCUCGGGGGAGUUUUGGGGGUGUGCGAGCCGGGGGGGGCCAAGCCCAGCACUGGAGGCUUGCUAAUUUGGGGGGUGGGUGGGAGGAGGGGAGGGCUUGGACUUGGAAUAUUUAUUUAUUGGGGUUACUUUAAUGAGGCUGCUGAUAAUGUGACUUUUCCAGCUGCUUUGUCUGACAUAUCAGGUGGGUUGAGGGCAGGAGAGCUUCAUAGGCGGCUGCCUUCCUCUGCCAGGAGCUUCAUUGGGGGGGGGUGACCCGGGGACAUGGCAGCCUUGCAGUUGGGAAGAGAAGGGUGGACAGGAGCUCUCCCCCCGACCCCCAGAACCAUCUGUUUCUCAUAAGCAUCUUUUUGGUUUGAGUUCCACCUCUUGCCCUUGGGACGUCCACCAUUGGGAGGGGCUCAGGCCUUUGCCCGCUCCCCCCACUUGUGGCCCACCAAGGUUUUAGUUCAUGCUGUUUUGACAAGAUUGCCACACAAACUCUGCCUUGGCCUGUUCCUCGUUUUGCAUUGCCUGUUUGAUCACAGACACCGGUGUGCAAAGCCUGCAUCUGUGUUGCGUUUUAUUUAAAAUAAAAGUUGUGUGGUUCGAGAA